AUGACAUUUAAGCCUCUAGAAGCAUUCAACCUGGAAACAAAAGUGUCAGCGUUUGCAGGGUGGGUUUACAAAGACUUCCAGCACUUCCUGGCCCUGUUGUUUGCUGUGGAGGAGAUCAACAAGGAUCCUAACCUUUUAUCCAAUGUGUCCCUGGGGUUCCACAUCCACGAAAACUACCACCAUGCUGAUAGAGCCAUAGAGGGUGCCUUGAUGUGGCUGUCGGGAGGAAGACAGACCAUCCCUAACUACAGCUGUGAAAGACGGGAAAAGUCCGUGGCUGUCAUCGGAGGAGCUACAUCUGCCCUGUCCAUCAGCAUGGCAAAUAUCCUGGGACUCUACAAGCUCCCACAGAUCACCUAUGGCCCAUUCGAUCCGGUCCUGAGCGACAAGACCCAAUUUCCAUCUCUCUAUCAGGUGGCCCCCAGGAUCUCCUCUCUGCCUCGGGCGAUAGUCCGUUUAAUGGUACAUUUUGGCUGGACCUGGGUCGGGCUGGUGGUGUCAGAAGAUGUGAUAGGAGAGAGAUUCCUCUCGGAUGUGACCGGGGAGAUGGUCAGGAAUGGUGUCUGUGUAGCUUUUACCAUAAAGAUCCCCAGUGAGAAGUUCCACUUUUAUUUAGCCUGGAAAGUCUACUACAGGGUCACGGCUACAUCAGCCACAGUGAUGGCUGUCUAUGGGGAUGCAGAGUCCCUAAGCCUUCUGAGAGCUGCGAUAGAGAGAUUUGGACUAUCCAAGAUGGUUUUGAUCACCACCUUUCAUUGGGACUUUACUUUGAGCAUUGAGAAAGUAAAAAACAACUACAACUUUCAUGGAACUUUCACAAUGGCAAACCUUAUUAAAGAAGUUCCCUAUUUCAGGGAUUUUUUACGGACAGCUAGACCAGAAAAAUACCCAGAAAUCAUUGUCUUGAAAGAGUUCUGGGAGUCUGCCUUUGACUGUUCCUUUUUAUUUCCUGAACUGGAUGGAAGAAAAUGCUCAGAAAAUGUUUCCUUGGAGUUGCUGCCUGUGCACCAUUUUUCCCUGACGAUGUCUGCCCUGAGUUACAGUGUGUACAAUGCCAUGUAUGCUGUCACGCAGGGGAUCCAGGAGUUGCUCCUGUCCUGCUCAGAGCUGGAAUCUCGGGGAAACAAGGAUUGUCUGGUUCCUCAUCUGUGGCAGCUCAAUGAGUUUCUGAGAAAGGGUAAGUUUCAUAACCCUGCCGGGGAACUGGUGAUUAUGGACGAGAACCACAGAUGUGCUGCAAAAUUUGACAUUCUGAACUUUGUGAUUUUUCCCAGUGGAAAUGGUGAGUUGGUCAAAGUCGGGGAGGUGGACCCCCAGGCACCCCCCGACCAAGACGUCAUCAUCAAUGAGACAAUGAUCGUGUGGCCUGGGGGAGCCUCUCAGGCUCCACAUUCUCAGUGCAGCAGGAGCUGUGGACCAGGAUUCAGAAAAAGCCCCCAGCAAGGGGCGGCUGCCUGCUGCUAUUUUUGUGUCAGGUGCCCAGAGGGAGAGAUUUCCAACCAGACAGACGCGGAGCAGUGUGUGAAGUGUCCUGACGAUCAAUAUUCAAACAUUGCGAGAGAUGGCUGCCUUCACAAAGUGGUGACUUUCCUGUCCACCAAAGAACCGUUGGGGAUGAUCCUGGUCUGCAUGAUCCUCUCCUUCUUUCUCCUCACAGCCCUGGUUUUAGGAGUCUUCAUUAAGCACCGAGACACCCCCAUAGUCCGAGCCAAUAACCUCAAUCUCAGCUACACCCUCCUCAUCUCCCUCAAACUUUGCUUCCUCUGUGCUCUGACCUUCAUCGGCCAACCCACCACAGCCUCCUGCCUCCUCCGCCAAACGGCUUUUGGUGUCGUGUUUAUUGUAUCCAUCUCCUCCAUUUGGGCCAAGACUGUCACUGUGAUUAUGGCCUUCAGGGCCACCACCUUGGGGAGCAGAGUCAGAAAGUGGGUGGGGCCCAGAGCCUCCAUCUCAAUAGUCCUGUCCUGCUCCCUGGUCCAGGUGACCAUCUGUGUGAUCUGGUCGGGCACAGCUCCCCGAUUCCCGGAGAUGAACACACACGCUGAGCCUGGACUCAUUAUCAUAGAGUGUAACGAGGGCUCCGUGAUUGCCUUCUACUGUGUCCUGGGCUACCUGGGCUUUCUGGCCCUGGUGAGCUUCACUGUGGCUUUCCUGGCCAGGAGGCUGCCCGACAGCUUCAAUGAAGCCAAGUUCAUCACGUUUGGCAUGCUGGUGUUCUGCAGCGCCUGGGCCUCCUUCCUCCCCGCAUACCAGGGCACCAAGGGGAAGGCCACAGUGACCACAGAGAUCUUCUCCAUCCUGGCCUCCAGUGCCCGGAUUCUUGGAUGCAUCUUCAUCCCAAAGUGCUAUGUCAUCCUGCUGCAGCCUGACAGGAACACCCGGUAG